AUGACAAUUACACUCACAUCAUCGAACACUGAAUAUUUAACAAAAUGUGAAAAAGAAAUAAAUAAUUAUUUAAAAAGAUCUAUUUUUCAAAUGACUUUAGAUGGAUUUGAAAAUUGGAAUCAAUAUAUGAUCAAUGCUUUUUAUAAAUAUUGUAAAAAUCGAUCUGUUUUACCUAAAUUAGAUAAUCAACAACAAAUUAUUUUAUAUGGUCCUAUAAAUAAUGUUUAUGAAGUUAAUCAAAAAUAUCAAUUAACAAAUGCAUUAAUUCAAGAAAAAACAAAUUUAUUAUCAAUAUUUUCAAAAAAUACAUCAUUUAAUAAUUUCAAUAUAAUGUUAAGUUCUUCGUCAGAUGAUGCAACUAUAUCAUAUCGUUUAGCUAAUCAUCUUAUCGAUGAAGGUUUUUCUGUAUCAAUAAAUUCAAAUCAAUCAACCGAAUUCGAUUAUAUAUCAAAAGAAAUAAAUAAGUCUGUUUGUAUUAUUCUUUUUUUAAGUGAAAAUUAUUUUAAAGAUGAAUUAUGUGAAAAAGAAGCAAAAUAUGCUAAUGAAAUAGAAAAAUCUCUAAUUCCUGUUAAAGUUCAAAAUUAUGAACCAAUUGAAUGGUUACAAAAAUUAAUUGAAAAAGAAUCAUGUUUUCAAUUACUUGGUUCUGAAAGUCAUUCUAAGUUAGAAUAUGAUAAACUAUUAUUAAAAAUUAUGUUAAAAGUAUUUCAACAGAAAAAAACAUCAGCAAUUCCAUUUGCUUAUCGAUAUUUAUUAUCCGUUCCUUCCGGUUAUGAAUCCGAGACAACAGACAAACGCUGGCCUCUUCUCUUAUUCUUACAUGGUGCUGGAGAAUCGUAUAGUCCAAUUGAAAAAGUUCUAAAACAUGGUCUUCCCAAAUUAGUUCAUGCUUAUUCAUCCAACAAACAAGAUAAUCAUUCAAUGGAUAAUGUUAAUAUGGAAUGCGCACGAUUAGUAGCCGAAAACUUUAUUACGUGUAGUCCACAAGUUGAUCGAGAUUAUGGAUGGGAUUCAACAGUCUUGUCAGUUCUUUUGGAUGAAUUAGAACAAACAUAUCGUAUUGACAAAAAUAAAAUAUAUGUGACUGGUAUUAGUAUGGGUGGUUAUGGUACAUGGUCUCUCGCAAUGGAUCAACCUGCUCGUUUUGCUGCCAUAAUUCCUAUAUGUGGUGGGGGCGAUGAUCAGCGUGUUUCACUUUUGAAACAUUUACCCAUAUGGAAUUUUCAUGGAAAAUUAGAUGAUGUGAUACCAGUUGAAGCAUCAUUAUCAUUAAUUAAAGUAUUGAAUAGUCCACUUUGCAAAUCAACAGUUUAUCCGAAUCUAACACAUGAUUCAUGGACAGAAACAUAUAAUAAUUCAGAGAUUUACAAAUGGCUACUUGAACAAACUAAGAAUGUAUAA